AUGGCCGACCGCAAUCCUUCUCCGACCCUUCAAACCUCCUCGGCGCAACGCCAACUACAUACGUCCAUAACUCUUCCCCGAAACUUCGCUCCGCUGGGACUCGACAGCAGCGAUAAUCCAAAAACUCCAGAUCAGACCUUCGCAGAACUCAAGCUUCCUCCGCCUCCUCACCACUCGACUACUUGCCUCCGACGAUCUCGAAUCAAUAUGCAUAACUUCCAAGCGCGUAACAAUGCUCUACCCACGACUCUUUUUGCUUCGGAUAUCCCCAUCCCCUCUAGCAUUCAAUCAGACUACCGCGCAGCGGCCGACAUUCCUCUACCUUCGGUUGAACGACAGGAUCAUAUCUCCAGACCGAUCUACGUCCACAGUGUCACAGAUCCCUCUCCGAGUGAGAAACUAAAACUGUCUACCUACCGAGAUUCACAACUUCCUCGAACACCCGUGGCGCAGACGAAAUUCGUUCCAACCGAAUACAAGAACAGUGCUUGGGAUAUGCAUCGUUCUUCAUCCGAAUGCUCUAUUUGUUCGGACUCGUCAUACUCUUCCUCGGAAACAUUCACGACUCGACCAACUUCAUUCGAUGGCAGUGCCACGAGUCCGGAUCUCGAGUCUCGAGAUCCGUUCUGUUCAACUCAGGUCAACAUCAUCCCAGACACUCCGUCACGGAAGAGCAAGAAAUUGAGGAUCAACGCCUUCAUGUCCAAGACUAAUGUCCAAUGGAGUAUUGAGAUGGACAACCAUUUGUUCAAUGUCUAUCAAAUGUAUCUGGCAGAUCCUACAGUCACACCUUUCAAAACGGUCCCUGGCAGCAUUCCUCCGACCGGUGUCUGUCAUCGUGUUGCUCGAAGAGCCAAAGAGACAUGGCCCAAAGCAAGUCGAAUCUCAAGACCCAUCAUUCGACGGUACAAGAUGCGAAACGUCAUGGAAAACCGAAACAAUGCGAGGGACAAGACACCAGAACCAACCGAUUUUCUUCGCACCGACAGCCACGAUGCAAGGGCGAUCUGGCCGUCUGAAUCAGCCACUAGGAAACGACUGAAACAACUGUGCAGGGAAAAAUUCAUCAUUUCAGCCCACUAUCAGCGAUUACGCGAAUCGAGGAGCCCGUCGCCUUUCCAUGAACAGUUCACUCGACGACAUUCUCGACUAAAUCGGCCCAUGACCCAACAGGCUGAUCCAGAAGCAUCCACCACCACAUACACCACUCGAGAAUUGGGUAUUUCACUGGUGGCCAGUGGUGCGACCGCUCCCCUUGCACAGCUCGCGACGGGAGACUCCCCUCUGGCGCAGCAAAUGUCCGAUGAUUGGUUCAACACCCCCGUCAACAGUUCUUCGGAUGGCAUGUCUAUCUCUACUCCUGGCCUGGGAAUUGAGACUGAAUCGGACACGUUGAAGGUUGCAAGCAGUAUUCCACGUCUCGCUUCACCAUUCAACUAUAGGACUUGGAAUGGUUCUAGUAACUCGAACCCUCAUCAUCGCCGACAUAUCAGUCACAACCAAUUUGAUACCAUCCAUGCUACGGGAUCAAGAUUACUUUCUCCCUUCAAACUCGAACCGGACAUCUCGCUCAACGUCCACAAGCGACGUGCUCAACACAAUCUAGAGGAUGAGUUGAGCCCCAGUGGAAGCAACAUCCAUCAGCUAGGUACCGACCUCAACCGAAAUCUCCCCCCACCGGUCCCGUUUGAGCGAAAACCUCAAGUUCGACCGGAACUGGUCUUUACUGGAGCGGGAGACAUUAAUCAGCGGAGGAUACGCGUUCGGAAUAGAGGUGCUACUUUGGGUGCUGUCAACAAUCGAGAACAGAUUGAACGACUCCUUACACCACCCACUCGACAAACUCCCACCACGGAGAGUGCCGGUAUUUCCUCAGUUCCAACACUACCUCCAUCACUUACGGCUUUGGCACACCCCAAUGUCCCAACGAUCUCAUCCGGUUUGGUUCCGCCCGAAGUCGAUUCGUCUCAAAAGCGUCUUGGCAGUCCUUUCGAGCUCGAUCCCAAUAAGAGAAGCUAUCGUGCGCAAAACCCCAGACACGUACCGAGCCUGAGUGACCCAUUCAUCAACACGAGUGCAUUUGGGACUUCUCCCAGCCAUGGACAUCCGUGUAGCAUGAGUAUUGGAGAAAGGUUGGCUAUGUUUAGUACUUUUCAUCCCAGUCACUACCAGCGACCACCUCUGGAUCAACAAUCGAGAGAUGAUCCUUUCACGUGA